AUGGAUGCCGAAAACGGUGUGCAUCAGGCACAGCAUCAAGAACCAAAAACUAAAUGGGCCCGGUUCCGAGAAAUCAUCUGGGAUGGAGAGCGAGAGCCUGAAGAGCGACGACUAGUGCAGAAACUCGAUAUUUAUUUAAUGAGCUGGGCGACCUACGGCUACUUCAUCAGGUUAUUGGACUCUGGGAACAUCAUUAAUGCCUACGUCUCCGGAAUGAAAGAAGAUUUGAACUUUCAUGGCAAUCAGUACAAUUUGCUGGCUACUUUCUUUACAUGCGGAUAUCUGGUCGGCCAGAUCCCUUCGCAGCUGCUCCUCACCAGAUUCCGUGCCUCGUGGUAUCUCCCAACAGCUGAACUCUGUUGGUCGAUUAUCACAUUUGGCUUUGCAGGAGUGCAGAAUGUAAGGACGGUCUUUGCACUCAGAUUCGUAAUAGGAAUGCUUGAAAGUCCAUUCGCCGUCGGCGUUAUCACAGUCAUGGGUGGUUACUACACGAAAAGAGAGCUUGCUAAACGCAUCGCAAUCUUUUAUUCCGCAAGCUAUGCAGCUUCCAUGUUCAGUGGCUAUCUUCAGGCUGGGAUAUAUAGGGGGCUGGACGGCAGACUUGGCCUCGCAGGUUGGAGGUGGCUGUUCAUCUUCUGCGGCAUCAUAUCACUCCCAGGCGCUUUCUGGGGCUACUACGCCGUCCCAGAUAACCCGUACAACUCCAAGGCACGAUGGAUGAAGCCGGAAGAAAAGCAGGCGUACAUCGCUCGCAUGGAGGUUGUUGACCGUCGAAGGCCUGUCCCGCUGUCAUGGGCGAAAAUCCGCAAGAUUUUGUCAGGUUGGAGGCUUUAUGUGAUGGUUUUGACCUUGAUAUGCCAUUGCGUCGUGACUCAGCCUCUAAACUAUUUUUCUGUGUGGCUGAAGUCAUUGAAUCGCUUCUCGGUAUAUCAAAUCAAUCUCUUCCCAACCGCAGCACAGGCACUGGGUUUAGUCACGACAUUAACUUACUCGUGGAUCUCAGACGCUCUAGGUGGGAAGAGGUGGCAGCUGUUGAUCGUGCCAGCUGUCUUCAACUUUGUGGGUAUGGUCAUCGUUGCUUCAUAUCCGAACUACGGGGCAGUGUUCUUUGGAUAUCUGAUCAAUGCUGCUUCCUGGGGUUUUUGGCCAGUGCUCUAUGCAUGGGCCAACGAGUUUUGCCAUGAUGACGCAGAGGAACGUGCCAUCGUGAUAGGCGUUGCCCAAACUUUUGGUCAAGCCUUCAUCGCUUGGGUGCCAGUCUUAGUCUUGAAUGUCGGGAAAUACGCUCCUCGUUUUCAUCUAGGCUUCAGCGUCAUGAGUGGUGUCAGUGUUCUGCAGUUUGCCAUGAUCUUCGUCCUCAGGUUCUUUGUGAAACGACAGACGGCACAAGAAGAGUUGCAAAAACAACAGGCAGUUGACUCAGCUAUCGAUGGCGACUCCGAUGGUAUAUAUAAUAAGAGAUCAGAUGCCAGCAACAGGGGUGAUGGUGUUGAGUCACUGAAGGACCCUGCCCAUGUCACUGAGGUUCGUGACAAGUAUUGA